AUGUCCUCAUAUCCGGUUGCGGCAUCGCCGGUAGCGUCUUCGCGCGCUCCUUCCCUCCGGUUGACUGGUGCCAGCGUUGACAUACGCAGCUCAGCCGUGAACGUCAUCAAAUGGAUGGGCGUCGAUCAAGAGAUCUUCCGCGGUAUGCUUGCGAAGAUCUUCAUCGAUCCAGUCAUGGAGCGAGUGAAACUGAUCUUUGACGAAUCUGUCGACAAUAUUGAGCAGCGCGACGACGGAGUGGUCGUCAGGUUCGCAAACAGCAAGGAAGUGAAGACGUACGACCUUCUCGUGGCCGCAGAUGGCCUUGGCUCUAGAAUUCGCGGCAUAAUGUUAAAUAGCAAACCGCGUGAGCAAAUCUACGGCGAGGAUGUUCAUGUAGCAUACUUCACUAUCAACAGCGAUCUGCUGCAGGGCUGCCGCCUGGCAAAGUGGUACAAUGCAACGGGUGGACGCUGUAUCUUUCUACGCCCCGAUCCUGCUGGCCGUACGAGAGGCGAUCUCAUAAAUGUGACUGCGCGUGGAGAUAUUGAAACGAAGAAGAGACUCAAUGAAGCUCUUCGCGAAGGUAACGAAAGCUAUAUGAAGCUGAUGGAAGAGAUAUUUUGUGACGCAGGCUGGGUUGCACCAGAGGUGUUGCAAAGCAUGCACGAAAGUGUUGACUUUUACUGCUCUCUGUUCACGCAGGUUCGAUCACCCAAAAUACACGAUGGCCGCGUGGUCCUGCUUGGCGAUGCUGGCUAUGCGACACCCGGCUUUGGCACCAGUCUUGCAAUCAUCGGUGGCUACGUCCUUGCUGGAGAGUUAUACAGUCAUCCGGACGAUAUCAAAACAGCCUUGAAGCAGUAUGAAGAGCUCAUGCUACCGUUUGCAAAGGAUUCGCAAGGCGGGCUACCGAACGCGCCGCAGCUUCUCAAUCCACAGACGCAGUGGGGUAUUAGGCUCAGGAAUACGAUUUUGCGUCUCGUGGCAUGUACAAAGCUGGAUAAGUUGUCGAUGGCUCUAGCCGUGGUGCUGGGCAUCACAGAGAAGAAACUCCUUAUGCCUGACUAUAAAUGGCCGGCUAAAUGA